AUGCAUGCGCCGCGAGUCCGCGCAUCGGUCAGGGCGGGGGCGGCGCCCCUCCGCGGGCAGCGGGCCUCGUGGCGCCUGCGGCAGCGCCGGCAGGUCUCCGCGCGAGGCGAGACAGAACCAGCUGCCGAAGACGCUUUCUUCUCUCCCGGGCUGAGAGAUCUUUCUGCCGUCAGGGCGUGUCGCGUCGCGCGCCCACGCAGAGACUGCGCAGAUGAGGCUGAAGCGCGAAGAGGGAAACCAACAGACACGCGCCGCGACGGGGUCGCCCCGAAGAGCUGGAGGGGGCGGCGCGACGGCGAGAGAGAAGAGAGAGUCUCUCAGACUCUGAAACGGAGUACCGAGGACUCUGAGGCGGCAGUCGGGAGAGAGGAGGCCUCUGCGUCUGCGGGAGACCGCGCCAGCUGCAGAGGGUGUGAACCGCCGGCGCACUCGGUGAUGAGAGACGCGAAGAACGCAUUCUUCUUCAUGCCUGCGGGCGGGCCUUGGGCACGCCACGACUCGGCUCUCCUCGCUCAGCACGUGGUGAGAUCGCUCAGCCGGUCCUUCUCGGUCCUGAGUUUGUCACUUUCUCCUUGCUGCGCCGUCGCGCGCCCUUCGGCGUCGUGUAGCGAAGCCGCAUCCUCUUUUGCUUUGCGCUCGGCUCGCGCGUCCUCUCUCUGGGCUCCUCUCUCGGCUCUGUCUGCGCUUUCUGUCUCCCCGGCGCCGCGGGCUCUUCCUCGCUGCACCCGCGGGUGGCGGCCGUCGGCGGCUUGGCGCGUGUCGCCCGAGGCUCCUCAGGUCUUAAACUCUGCUUCAACAGACGAGUCACCGCGCCUCUUUGUUUCCGCGCGGCCGUCGUCGUCAGAUCUCGGCGCCGCGCCUACUAUGAGCCGCUUCCACUCGCACAUCGUUCUUGAUGCGCGCAAGCUGCCCUCGCUGCCGGUUGCCUCUUCUGGGCUCGUCUCUUCGCUGUCGCCUCUCGCGGGCGCCGCGCGUCGCACGCUACACGCCAUGGCGCGGAGGGCGGCGGAGGACGGCGAGCCGCGUCUAGCGCCAGGGGGCAUGGAGUCGCACUGCGACGCGGACUUGGCUUUUCGCGUCGCCUCUCUCUCUGCGUUCUACUCCGAGUCUCCUCGGGGUCUCCGCGCGGCCGCGGAGGCGCGUGACGGCGAAGACGCGAUGUGCGUCGCGUUUCGAGAGGAAGAAGAGGGCGCAGAGGCUUUGCAGCCCGAGGGGGGACUGCUAGAGCCCCAGCCCGACGCCGUGCAUGCGCCAGACAACGCGGGCUCGGCGUUUGGUGCAUCUGCGGCCUCCUGUUCCCCUGCUGCAGUCGCUGCGCCGUCUCGGGCCGCUCGCGCGUCUCUGUCGGUUCACCAGCCCUUCGCUUACCUCUCAGGUUUGUCGGGGCAGGCGCUUCUGGUGCGCCUGGAGAGCGUGCCGUGGAUUGCCGAGCUGCUUCACGAGCUGCGCGCGCUGGAGGCAAAGCGCGACGCGCAUCCGUCCGCGGAGAACGUCGGGAACCUCCGCGUGUGGUGGCGCACGCACGCGAUUCGCUUGUUCAUCUCCGGUGUGAAAAAGGGAUGUUCGGCGGAUCCUGCGCUCCAGCUUCGCAUGUUGCAACUCGCGCUCGCGUCGACUCCUCUCGCGGCUGCCAUUCCGCCUCUCCACGACUUGCCCCCGGCCUUCUACGUGCCUCGGCGUGAGGAGGCGAGGGCGGGUGCAGAGUCUAGCGGGGCUGCGGCGGAGGACGAAUGCAGGCUCAGACCGAUCCGCGCGGCCGCGAGACACGCCGAAGGAGACGAAGAAGAGGAGACGCAGCUCGAAGGCAGGUUUGCUGGGAUGCCUGCAGACGGCGACGCGGAUGGGCGGCUGAGGGUGCGGGGCUCGAGAGCGGAAGCCGCGCUUGGCGGCGUGGAGGCGAACGAAAGGGGAGGAGAGGGCGACGCGAGGCUGGUGGUGACGAAGGCGGACGUCGAGGCUUUCGGGCCAGGGUUCGUUUUAUUCACGCAGUUCGCAUCCCUGCCGCUUGAGCAGCGGCUCUGGUGCUUGGACCAGUUUGCGUUUUUCUUCGUCCACAACUGCCUCUGCGCGACGGUGAAGCAGGCCGACGAGGCGAGCGCGGGCGGGCGCGGCGGCGGGCGCGGGGAGAAGACGGUGCGCGCCGACCAGCAGCUCGCGAGGGGGGGGAAGGCGACGCCUGGCAACGAGGCGCUGCAGCGCGAGCUGACCUGCAAGUUCCCCGUAUCCGCGUCGGGGAACUUGAUCGUCUCCGAUACGCGCCUCUGGAACUUCCUUGGUGUCGCCGCGCAGGCGCUUGCGCGCGACGGGCAUUUCGACCUCGCAUCCCACCUCACGUUCGCCCUCCUCUCGCUCGUCUACGACAUCCGCGCCUUCCCCGCGCCCGCACCCGGCGUCGCCCUGCGCUUCUUCAGCGACCUCGGCGAGCCGCCAGGCGCACAGCGGCUGCCCCGCGCCGCGGAGGCGGAGAGAGGCGAAGGACAGGCAAGCCUAGAUCUCGAAGAGGAGCGCCGCCUGCGUGCGAGGGAGCAAGCUGCAAACAUCUCCAAGCGCAACAACCGCUGGAAGCUGCCGAAAAACAUCUGGCUGCAAAUCCUCGCAAAGCGCCACGAUGCGGCGCCGCAACCCGCCGCCGCCGGGGCCCUGGCGGCCUCGGCGGCGGGCGACCUCCAGGAGGGCAGCGAGGCGCAGGAGGUUGCGGGCCGAGAGAUCCCUGCAGUGGCGCUCGAGCCCCAGGAGAUCGCAGCCGUCGACAUGGCAGACGAGCUGUUUCUGUGCCUCAAGAGAGAAGCGGCCGAGGCAGCGCCCCUGCUGGCUCGCGCACUGCUCUUGGGGCAGGAGGAGAAGACCGGCGUCGCACAGGUGAACGCAAAAGGUGGAGGAGAAAAAAAAACUCGGCAGGAGCCGCCACACAGCGGCUUCGCGUCUCAGUUCAUGAGCGCGAACGAGCGCAGCGAGAAGCACCUGGCCUUCCAGCGGAUUCGCAACACCGCAGUCAUCAAAAACUCCGCCCUGGUGCACCACAGCCGCACCCUGCAGGGCCGUGAAGAAGCGGAGGGAGACAUCUGUGCCGAGGCCAGAAGGGCGUCAGAAGAGUUUCUCGACGAAGCGAAGCCGCUCGCGCGAAAUGCGUGGCGGGUAGUGAAGAAGGAGAAUGCCCUCGGGGAGCAACGACAGACGAUCGCGGAGGAUUGGUUCGUCGAAAAGGCGAAAGGCGUCGCCAACAUGCGGGAGAAGGCCCAGUACGAAGCGCGUGUGGAGGAGCUGCAAAGAGGUCUGCGCAGCGGCGGCUCUCUUCUUCAGGGUUUGAGCGAGGGACCGGCUGCGGCGAUGACGCUGUCGGGAGAGUGGCGAGCAGACCUUGACGUCCCACAGGGCGACGUAAUCCCGGCGGACGACGCCGCUUCCCCCGCCUUCGGCUUCAGCAGCCUCCUCUGGUACCUGCGCUUGGAGAGUAUUUUCUAUCGCACGCAGGACAUAAACCUGUCCUCCAUCGUCUACCGCCUCCUCACUCACCUCAUCGACGCCGAAGUUCCCCAGUUUCUGUACCCCACUUCUUCCGCGUCCUCCGCGGCUCAGCCUUCGGCGGCCUCGAGUGUGCGCGCCGCCGACGCCCGCGCGGCGCCUCUCUCCUCUCUCUUCUCCUCCGCGCCGGCCCCGUGCUUCAGUCUUUCUCGCCGCGGCGCUGCAGCCCUCGCCCACGCCGUCGGCGCGCUGAAGGCCACCAGACGCUACGAGCACGACCUUCUGCGGGCUCUGUGCGACGCCCUGAGGCCCAACCUGCCUCUGCUGACUCCGGCGCUCGCCUGCGAGACCGUAUACAAUUUGGGCUGUCUGGGGUACAGCGACCCUGCGUUUGCGCAUGCGCUCGCGCGACACAUGGCGAGCUCGGGCGUUCUGCGACAGACGACAGUCGACUCCAUGAUGCAGCUGCUCAUUGGCUUCUCACGGCUCGAAUUCCGAGACGACACACUCACAGAAGCCUGCAUUAAGGGCCUGCUGCACGAAGGUGACAAGAAGAAAAAGGCCCCUCCCUCGGGGCAAGGCGCUGCGCCGUGGAGCCCGGUCGCCCCGUCGGCGUCGUCUUUCGAGGAGAUGCUCUACCAGGAGAGACAGACGGGCGAAACCGAUGCAGCGAGCUCAGGUUCUUCCGCGUCUGCUGCUACCCCCUCUGCAAGCGAACGGCACGAUCAGAUCAUGCGCACGUCGGUGGACUUGUUGGCGCGGACGCAUCGGCCGCAGAGUCUGUUUUAUCUUCUGCACAGCAUCAGCCGGAACUUUGUUCGUUCCCUGCCCCUGCUGGCGUCUCUUGUUCCCGCUCUGCAGCGGUUCGCGACGGCGGUUCCAUCGAAUGUGGCUGUGCUUGCCUUUCACGACUUGAUAAAAAUGGGUAUUUGGCCAGGGCCUUUUCGCAGAGCGAUUCUGACGACGCUCUCGCGCGACAUUGAGCGCCACGCUCUGGUUCCGCUGGCCGCCUCGACGAUUCUCACGUGGAGUCUUUGGGGACACUUCGAUGUCCCCUUUUACCUCCGAAUGGCGCACCUGUAUCACAGGAAAAUCGCCGCGCCGUGUGGCGGCCUCGCGCAGGGAGACAGCGAGGAGACAGACGGUGCGUCGAAGCGUGACGCGGACGUGGAGAGCGCGCAGGCGAGGGGACAAAAGAAAGUGGGGAAGUGGGGGAAAACGAGCGUGACAAAUAUCAAGGUGUCGACUCAAUUUUGGUCGUCUGCUUAUGGACUGCAUCUGUUAGCGCUAACGCCGCGGGACUUUGUCCAGCACGUGAACGCAGUCGACCGACAGAUUCACCAAGACCUGCUGGACAGGUACAGGAGGCAAUCUGUGCAGCAGAAUGCGUUUGCGGCCUCCACCUCAACGGCACCUGCGUCUUCUAAGACGGCGGCCUCGGGUUCUAGCUCCAGCCUAAGGCCUGGCGGCUGCGUCCCGUUUUCGUCCACUGCAUUCCCGAUGCGCGUUUUCGCGCGCUGUCGGCACUCCGCGGAGGCAGCGGUGCGUUUUUCGCCGUGGCAGACGGGGUCACUGGAGGGUUUGAGAGCAGCGAGCAUUCUACGAAUACCGGAAGAAAAUUGGAUUCCAAAGAGCUCAAGUUUUCAUGCAGAAGUCGUCGCCGCGUGCCCGUCAUCAAUCAGGGACAGCGUCAUCAAUGAACAGCCCGCAGGCCCCUACGAGAUCGACGUGAUGCUUCCUGCCGACGCGUUCAGCGCUUGGAAACAGACUCAGAAGAGCGUUGCAGCGGAGCGCGAAGCAGAGGAGGAUCGCAGAGGGACGAAAAGAAAGAAAAAGAAGGGCAAGAAGGCAACGCAGAAGAGCUAA